GGAAAUGAAGGCCAAGUCGGUCCUCCCUCCGCUCUCACCUAUUUCUCUCUCUCUUUCGCUCCCUUUCAUCUCAUCUCUUCUGAACUUCCGUUCUUAAUUCCUCUCCCUUCUCGUCUCGACUUCCCCCUUUUCUUUUUUGCUCUUUCUCGACCGUAUAUUCUACUCCAAUAUUCUACUCCACUAUAAGAAUCCCCUUUCACAAGCCUCGAGGCUUUCAAAGUCGCACCGCCACCGUUCACCAUCACAAGGGUUUCUUUGACGUCUCGGCCCGUAGUACCGUUGCAUGAUCUACACAGGUUCGAACCGAGGGGGCGUGGUUGUCUUCCCGAUCUUACCCGUUGACUCUAUAUAUCGCCGAUAGCCACCGCUCGCCGUUCGUCCUUUCUCCCCUUCCCUGCAGAAAAAAAAAACCCCCCCGAGAUCAGGGAGUAAGAGUGCCUUGCUCUUUCGAUGCUUCACCUGGCUUCUUCCCAACCGACCGACAGGUCUGGAUCCUCCUCCACCCAACCGUCAGAGUUACACAACGCCCCCGUGACGACUCCCAGCGAUAAUGGAAGUUGUUCAUUCCCUUCAUUGAGUCCGGGCGAUGGGAGUCUUUAUUCCCCGCCGCUGUCUAUUGGAUCAAACUCCGCCUAUAUAAUGCAUGAUGCGACCCACUCGGAGGCGCUUGCCUCCCAGCAGUCCCUCCCCUCGCUACAGAUCCGGACCGAUAUGCCAAACGGUCCCGCGAUAAGCCCCGCCAAGGAAUCCGACGACAUCGUGCACCGCAGCCUGUCAUCCGAUAGCCUACCCCGCCGGACCCCCAGCUUUCGCGGUCUGCUGAGCGGCCCCAAUCCCAGCGUCGGCUCGCUGUCGCCUGCGUCGGUCUUCUCAUCGCCCCAACUGAUGGCCAUGGGUGACAUCACACCCUUGCCGUCGCCGAUUGGCGGUUUCUCCUCGUGGAAACUGCCCCGUCGCAACUCCCAAUCGCUCUCGCGAACCCCAUCGACCGCGUCGCGCAACGGGUCAAGCCUCGGCCUCCGCCUCAGCGACUCAUCUCAAAUGCUCGGACCGUCGGAGUCGCGAUCGCGAAGCAAACAAUACGUGUGGGAUAAGACGGGCGGGGACAAGGUUGCCGAGUCUCCGAGCAAACCUCGAUCAGACAACGCUGGAAAGCAUGCCCGCAACCGUAGUCUGAGCGACUACGUCCCUCCCGGAAAAUGCGUGCACGUGAAGCCUCGUCAGGUGGCGGUGUCUAUAAAUGGUGGAUCGCAGGGCAUGCCUGCCUGCGCUCGCGUUCCAUCCAGUACAUACAACCUUCACCGCGAACAGUAUCUCGCCGUCUAUCGGGGCAUCACCCUUCCCGCCGUUCGCCCUCCAACUCCCCCGCGAAGCAGCGGAUUCGAGAAGGACAGCACCGAACCAGUCAUCACGCAUCCGCCCAUGAUGGAUGGCCCGGAUGAGGUCUAUACCGUAUCAUCGAUUCGAACCCAACAGCCGCGACAAUAUCGAAAGCUUCGCCAGCUGGGUCAAGGGACCUUCAGUCAAGUCUGCCUGGCCGUGCGCAUGGAGAAACGGGAGAACGCAUCGAAUACAAGCGGCAUGCCCUCGAGCCUGGAGGGGGUCAACGCUGCAACCCAGAAGCUGGUGGCCGUCAAAAUCAUCGAACACGGUCCCGCCGGAGGGGCGGACGAAGAACGGCUGGAGGUAUCUCUCAAGCGAGAGGUGGACAUCUUGAAGUCGAUCAAUCAUCCGUCGCUCGUACAACUGAAAGCAUUUGGGAGUGAUGCAAAGCGGGCGCUCCUGGUUCUGGACUACUGCCCCGGGGGCGAUCUCUUCGACGUGGCAUCUUCGGGGCCGCGGCCCAUGGCACCGGGUCUCAUCCGGCGCAUCUUCGCGGAGAUGGUGGAUGCCGUGCGCCAUCUACAUUCCCACCUUAUCGUCCACCGGGACAUCAAACUUGAGAACGUCCUCAUGAAUCUUCCAUACGCCGACGUGGAGAAUAUCGCUGAUUGGCGGACGUACGAUCGGGCCAUUGUCACACUGAGCGACCUCGGUCUCUCACGGCGCAUUCCGGAGGCACCCGAAAAUCAACUCCUCCAUACUCGUUGCGGCAGCGAGGACUAUGCGGCGCCGGAGAUUCUCAUGGGCCAGCCCUACGACGGCCGCCUGACCGAUGCCUGGGCUUUGGGUGUUCUACUGUACGCCAUGAUGGAGAACCGACUGCCGUUUGAUGCUCUACCUGGGUCACGUGGCGAUCCCGCGAAACUCCGUGCCCGGGUGCCUCACCGCAUCGCGCGCAUCGAAUGGUCCUGGUACCGGUACGCUGACAGCGAUGGCGAGUGGGACCCGGAGAAAGGCGCCGAACUUGAGGGCGCGCGAGAAUGUGUUGAGAUGCUGUUGAAGCGGAACACGAGACGCAAAGGCCUGGACGAGAUUGCAGCGACCGAAUAUGUCAAGGGCGCGAUCGACGUACCCGCGGGGCUCAAGAGGGGUGAUAAAGAAGUACCUUAAGAGCUGGACUCUUUUUCUUCUACUACUUUUACUAUUCAUUAAUUUUGUUCACUUGGGGUGUGGUUUGGGUGUUUUGCAUUAUGCUUACGAUUGAUGUUUGUUCUACUGACUUUUCUUUAUUCUUUUCUUCUUUUCUUCUUUGGCUAGACCAGAGUGAUGUUAUACCCUAGAACUUACCAUUCUCCGACUUUGUCUGCUGUUUGUCAGCUUUCUUUCUUUCUUUUUUUCUCUACUUUCUUUUUGGUGUUACUAUCCACUCGUGUAUCGCAUCAGCAUGUCGCAUUUGUAUGUACAAGAAGUCAAGCAUCUAGAUAAAGAUCGCUC